AUAAUGCACUGUAAGUACCGGAAGCCCGCCAUUGAUGGCAGAAAGAAAGCCAGCAACGUGAGCUUAUCGUCAGUGUUGAAGAAAGAAAUUGUCUAUCAAAAGAAACACGGUUUGCGUUUAAUAAUCCAACUUUAAAACAUAAUCAAGAAUGGCGUACCGGGGACAAGGACCGAAGGUCCAGAAGGUUAUGGUGCAGCCAAUUAAUCUUAUUUUCAGGUAUCUCCAGAACCGCUCUAGGAUCCAGGUGUGGCUGUACGAGCAGGUGAACUUGCGGAUAGAGGGCUGCAUCAUUGGAUUUGAUGAAUAUAUGAACCUGGUUCUGGAUGAUGCUGAGGAGGUCCACAUGAAGACCAAGAACAGGAAACCUCUGGGACGGAUCAUGCUGAAAGGAGACAAUAUCACCUUGCUACAAAGUGUUGCGAAUUAGCCUUCCCAUGGACAUCUUCAACAUCCUGUGUCUUUGUUUUUUUUUUUUUUUUGAUAAUUGGUGGUAGUCUGGAAUUUGUAACGAGCAUACUAAGAAUUUAGUUUUUCACGUUUGCCAUUGAGAUGAAUAUUGUAAACAUACCUAAUGGUAUCGAUUCUUUGUAUUAGGAUUUUUCCCCCUCUCUUUGUAACAAUUUUUGUCAAACAAUAAAACUGCUUUUGUUUUAUUAA